AACACAAUACAAGACGAAAUUUACAUUGAGCCGCUGAAUUCCUCGUUAUUAGCAGCUAUGCUGCUCAGAGCAGCGCGAGCGCCAUGUUGGCGCCCACGAUCCGCAUAUCCGAGCUUCGCCGGCCGGUCACAAUGGACGAGGCUCCAUGGGACACAACUCCGGGUGUUCACAUCAAACAGCCCAUUUCGAAGACAGUCAACAGACAACGACCCCAAAUCAGUUAAAAGCACACCCACUCCUACCCCGGCUGCCUCGCAAUUAGCGAACGCCAAUGUGACCCCGAAGACGCAAGAGGGCGGGGAUGCAAAGGCCCCGACCAAGGAGCUGUUAAGUGAACAGAAUAUGGCCACCAAAGAGCAACGAAAAGCGGACUGGGCUAUCAUGAAAGAGAUGGCCAAGUACCUGUGGCCAAAGGGUGAUUGGGGUACGAAGCUUCGUGUUGGAACAGCUUUGUCCCUGCUGGUUGGGGCCAAGGUUCUUAAUGUGGAAGUGCCUUUCUACUUCAAGAGCAUCGUUGAUUCCAUGAACGUGGACUUCGGGGCUAUGGGUGGAACCGCUUACACUGUGGCUGGGUCCAUGAUCAUUGCUUAUGGUGCAACUCGAAUCGGUGCCACUCUGUUCCAGGAGCUUCGCAAUGCGGUUUUUGCCAGCGUAGCCCAGAAAGCAAUUCGCAAAGUGGCACGGAACGUCUUCGACCACCUCUUGCGACUGGACCUCAACUUUCAUCUUUCACGCCAAACUGGUGGCCUGACUCGGGCGAUUGAUCGUGGAACCAAGGGCAUCAGCUUCUUGCUCACCUCGAUGGUCUUCCACGUCGUUCCGACGGCACUGGAAAUAUCGCUCACCUAUCAAUAUGGUUUCCAGUUUGCUGCCAUCACGUCAGCCACCAUGCUUGCGUACACGGCGUUUACCAUUACCACUACGGCAUGGCGGACCAAGUUCCGACGGCAGGCCAACGCGGCCGAUAACCGCGGGGCCACCGUGGCCGUGGACUCGCUCAUCAACUACGAGGCUGUCAAAUACUUCAAUAAUGAAAAGUUCGAGGUAGCGCGCUACGACAAAGCCCUGAAGAACUACGAGGAUGCAUCCAUCAAGGUCACGACUUCUCUGGCCUUCCUCAACUCUGGCCAAAACAUGAUCUUCUCUUCUGCGCUGGCCGCAAUGAUGUAUCUGGCCGCCGACGGAGUCGCGACCGGAGCUCUGACAGUCGGUGACCUGGUCAUGGUGAACCAGCUCGUGUUCCAGCUGUCGGUGCCGCUCAACUUCCUGGGGUCCGUCUACCGCGAGCUGCGCCAGUCCCUGCUGGAUAUGGAGACUCUGUUCAACCUGCAAAAGGUCAACGUGACGAUCCAGGAACGACCCAACGCCAAGCCGCUGGAGCUGACCCGGGGCGGCGAGAUCCGUUUCGAGAACGUUAGCUUUGGCUACCACCCGGACCGACCGAUCUUGAAGAAUGCCACGUUCACGAUCCCGGCUGGCCAGAAGUUCGCCAUCGUGGGCCCCAGUGGCUGCGGCAAGUCAACGAUUUUGCGGCUGUUGUUCCGCUUCUAUGACGCGCAAUCGGGUCGAAUCCUCGUUGACGGCCAGGAUAUCCGCGACGUGACGCUUGAUAGUCUUCGGAAAGCGAUCGGUGUUGUUCCGCAGGACACGCCGCUGUUCAACGACACCAUCGCCCACAAUAUCCGCUAUGGGCAAAUCACCGCGUCGGACGACGAGGUGCGCCGUGCAGCCGAGCGCGCACAUAUUCACCAGCUGGUCGAGCGGCUACCCGACGGAUAUCAGACCACGGUCGGAGAGCGCGGUAUGAUGAUCUCGGGCGGCGAAAAGCAGCGACUAGCAAUUUCUCGGCUGUUGUUGAAAGACCCGCAACUUUUGUUUUUCGACGAAGCGACCUCUGCCCUCGACACAUACACCGAGCAGGCGCUUCUUCAGCACAUCAACAGCAUCCUCAAGGAGAAGAGUCGCACCAGCGUGUUUGUGGCGCACCGGCUGCGAACCAUCUACGACAGCGACCAAAUUCUGGUGCUGAAAGACGGAAGUGUGGCGGAGACAGGAUCGCACCGUGAGCUAUUGGAUCUAGACGGGAUCUAUGCGGAGCUGUGGAACGGUCAGUGCUCUUAG